AUGGUUAAAAUCAAGAAAUCGGUUAAAAAAUUCCAAAAGAACCAUUUAAAACGGACAGUCGAAAGAAGAAAUCAGAACAAAAAAGUAAGGAAAGGAAUCUUGAGAAAGCAGCAAAGGAAAAAUAACAUAACCGACGUUGAUGGAGAGAAAACAAGUAAAAAGAAGGAAGAGAAUUUAUUCGAAUUCGACGAGCAUAGCGGGGAAGAACAAGACUUUGAAGAAUUUUUGAAUGGACAAGGAGAGGAAAAUGAAUCGCGCGAAACAGAUGAAUCUUUAGACGAAUUCAAUCUUUCUGAUCUUGCCAAAUCUUCGGAGGAAGAAACUAGUGACGAUGAAAGUGAUAAUAAACCUACACACAAGAAUAAACGUUCACUGGACGAAGAAGUCGCCGAGCACAAGAAGCAGCUCGAUUCGCUAAAGGAAAAGGAUUCGGAAUUUUAUAAAUAUCUCCAAGAAAACGAUUCCGAAUUGCUGGAUUUUGAUGUAUCGGAUGAUAGUAAUGAUGAGAAUGAAGACGGCGACGACGAUAGCGAGGAGGGCGAAAAGAAAGAAAAAAUGAAAUUAGAUGAUUCUGACGAGGAAGAGACAAUGGCUUUGAAAGAAGCGGGCCUUGAAGAUGAUAUUGGAACCCCAACAUUGACCGCAGAAAUGAUCACCAAGUGGCAAGAAUCCAUUACCGAGUCCAGGUCAUUGAAAUCCUUAAAACAACUAUUAUUGGCUUUUCGCGCUGCAGCUCACAUUAAUGAUGAUGAAGACGAAAAAACCCAUACAUUUAGAAUUACCGAUCCUGCAGUAUUCAACAAUUUGGUUGUGGUUUGCCUAAAAUAUGUUACGGGGGUUUUUGAUCAUCGUCUGAAUGUGAAAAAUCAAGAAACUCCUAAAAGCAACCUCCUUUAUAUGCUUAAACAAGUUACCGAAGACGAUAUGAUUUACUUUAUCGUGAAGGAAUCCGAAAAAGCAAUCCCUUAUUAUGCAUGCUACCAAAAGUUGGCUAGUCAUUAUUUAAAGCAAUUACUUGAUAUUUGGGGGACCGCAGAGGAUAAAACCAGAAUAAUUGCGUUCCUUAACAUUCGAAGACUUGCAUCCACCGUGCCACCGCCGUUUAUUGACCUUUGCUUGAAGGGAAUUUACACCACAUUCGUUCGAUACUGCAAAGACACCACAGCCUUCACCAUACCUUCCAUAAAUCUAAUGAGGAAUUGCGCUGUUGAAAUCUAUGGAAUUGACCUUAAGAGCUCUUAUCAAUCUGCAUUUGGCUACAUUAGACAGUUGGCCAUUCAUUUGAGAAAUUCCAAUCACAACAAGAGUGAGGCAACUUUCAACGCGGUGUAUAAUUGGCAGUACGUUCACUGUAUCGAAUAUUGGUCGAAAGUAUUGGCGACUUAUUGCAAUCAAUAUCGGAUAUCAGUUAGUGGCGAAAAUUCCUUAAAAGAAUUGAUCUAUCCGUUUGUUCAAGUUACCACUGGAGUCAUAAGAUUGAUUCCCACUGCACAAUACUUUCCGCUUCAAUUUCAUUUACGACGAAAACCAAAACCCAGCACAUUGAAGCCAUUGGAUUUUGCGUCCAUAAUAAAAGCACCGAAGAGUUAUUUGCAUACUCGAGUAUAUCAGGAUGGCAUUUGCGAAGAACUCGUGGAGCUCUUGUUCGAAUAUUAUUCGUGUUUCUGCUUGUCAAUCGCGUUUCCUGAAUUGGUAAUUCCGCCGAUAGUUCAGAUAAAACGACACAUCAAAAAUUCCAAAAAUCUUAAGCUCAAUAAACAACUUCAACAAUUGGUUGAAAAGUUGGAACAAAAUUCAAAGUAUAUUGAACAGCACCGGUCGCAAAUUGACUUUAGUCCUAAUGACUUUGCCCAAACGAAGGCAUUCUUGCGAGAUGUGGACCCCUGCACAACUCCACUAUACGCAUAUGUUAUGUCAAGCAGAAAACUGAAGGAACAAAGAAAAAAACUGGAAUUGCCUGAUGAUCAAUUCCAAAAUAAUUGA